UAGGAAAGAAUGAGUAUAAAUUGAAAGAUGGAAGAAGGAUCAGUCUUGGUGCCGUUACUGCUAAGCAGCAUGACUAUAUGAAAGAAGAAGAAGGUUUUCCUGAAGAUGAGGCGACUGAAUCGGAAGAAAACCUUAAGUUUGGUGAAAGAGUUGGAUGCCUUUCCGAAAGUUCCUGACAGCUAUGUAGAGACUUCAGCCAGUGGGGGUACAGUUUCUCUAAUAGCAUUUACCACUAUGGCUUUAUUAACUAUAAUGGAAUUUUCAGUAUAUCAAGAUACAUGGAUGAAGUAUGAAUAUGAAGUAGACAAGGAUUUUUCUAGCAAAUUGAGAAUCAAUAUAGAUAUUACUGUUGCCAUGAAGUGUCAGUAUAUUGGAGCAGAUGUAUUGGAUUUAGCAGAAACAAUGGUUGCAUCUGCAGAUGGUCUAGUUUAUGAACCAGCAAUAUUUGAUCUUUCACCACAGCAAAAAGAGUGGCAGAGGAUGCUACAGCUGAUUCAGAGUAGACUGCAAGAAGAACAUUCACUUCAAGAUGUGAUCUUUAAAAGUGCUUUUAAAAGUGCAUCAACAGCACUUCCACCAAGGGAAGAUGAUUCAUCACAGCCUCCAGAUGCUUGCAGAAUUCGUGGUCAUCUAUAUGUCAAUAAAGUAGCGGGGAAUUUUCACAUAACUGUGGGCAAGGCAAUUCCACAUCCCCGAGGUCAUGCACACUUGGCAGCACUUGUCAACCACGACUCUUACAAUUUUUCUCAUAGAAUAGAUCAUUUGUCUUUUGGAGAGCUUGUUCCAGGAAUUAUUAAUCCUUUAGAUGGAACUGAAAAAAUUGCAUUCGAUCACAACCAGAUGUUCCAAUAUUUUAUUACAAUCGUGCCAACAAAACUCCAUACAUAUAAAAUUUCAGCAGACACCCAUCAGUUUUCUGUGACAGAAAGGGAACGUGUCAUUAACCAUGCUGCAGGCAGCCAUGGAGUCUCUGGGAUUUUUAUGAAAUAUGAUCUCAGCUCUCUUAUGGUGACAGUUACUGAGGAGCAUAUGCCAUUCUGGCAGUUUUUUGUAAGGCUUUGUGGUAUUGUUGGAGGAAUCUUCUCAACAACAGGCAUGUUACAUGGAAUUGGAAAAUUUAUAGUCGAAAUAAUUUACUGUCGUUUCAGACUUGGAGCCUACAAACCCGUCAGUUCUGUUCCCUUUGAAGAUGGCCACACAGACAACCACUUACCUCUUUUAGAAAAUAAUACACAUUAGCACCUCCCAAGUAAAGGAGAAAAACUUUUUGUCUGAGAUGUAAAACGUUUUUAAUAAUAAAAUAUUGUGCAAUAUAUUCAAAGAAAAGAAAAUAUGAAUGAGAAGCAGGAAUCACCCUAGGGGAAAAAAAAAAACGAAAAAAACCCAAACUGAAAUCCUAUGUGUGUUGUGUCUGUUACAAAUGUCCUAGAAGAAAUUAUACAGCUAAUCUAAUCAGUGAAUAAGCCCAACUGGAAUAUUGCGUUGAAGAUGACCCCUUCUGAUAUUUUCAUAGCAACGGCAGUAUCGAAAUCAAACCUUGCUUCUUGAUGACAAAGAGCCUGAAGGAAGAAGUCAAACCACAUCUAAAGAAAAUGGCAUUGAUAAGUGCAAAUGUUUGCAUCUGUUUGUUUUUAAAAGAUAUGAUGUCAGAAUAAAAUAUGUAAAACAUGUGGAAAACUAGUCUAGACUUUAAAAAGUGUGGUCAGGUCACAUUGUUGAUAAAGGAAGAGAGGGCGGGGCCCCUGUGUUAUAGCCAUAUUACUGUUAAGCCAUAACGACAAGACCAUUUAUCCAAUAAUUCAGUCUUAGGACGGUUACUGCUUUUCUUUAAACUCUGGCGAUUGACUUUUCUGAUCAGGGCAGGGUCGUGAAAGACUAAGGUGAAUUCUUACAGGGGCAGGUACAUAGAUGCUGUAAUAUGUAACAGAGGUAUCAUUCACAAAUUAUAUAGUGGGCACUUACACAGGGAGAAGAAAGCACAUGUUUAAAAAAAAUGCUAAGUUUCCUAAUCUGAUCCUUAUUAUUGGUAUACUUUGGGAACAGGGGGUGAGUAAUAAAAAGAUCAACUACUAAUGAUGAAAAUUACCAGUCUGUAAAAGAUUAAGAGGAUAAGUAGCAUAUUUUGUGUGUGUUGUGGUGAGUGGGCAACAGGGUAACUUUAAAUAAAAUAGAAGCAUGAGGCAAAUAUUUAAGUAAGACAAGAUAAUGUCAGAUCUGAGAGGUUAUAAUAUUAAACAAUGUCCGUUAAACUGUAAAACUGUAUUAUGAAAGAAGUAUCUGCAUUCAGAAUGUCCUGAAUGUGAUUGAUUUUGUAUUAGAUUGUGUUGGUCUAGCUUUCUUACUAUUUAAGGAUUGAUUUUAAAUUUAUACACUAUAAAAGAUUGAAAAUAAUGAGAGGGGUAUAUCACUCAGGUGCUGUUAAAAACUAAAUUUGGAAUAUGUGUGCCAAUAUCAUUUUUCAUUUUGUAUUACUUAAUGAUAGUAGAGGAAUCAUCAACCAGUCUUCAUGGUUUAAGUCAUUUAGGGAAAUGGGGAGACAAAAUUCCAGGUAAGUAACAAGGCCAAGACUAAAAGACAAGAUUUAAAAUGGUGGUUUUUAGAGAACAGGCCAUCACAAGUUAGAGUUUUUCAAAUUGCAUUCUUUUCAAAGGUAAAAGAAAAGUCAAACAGUUGGGGCAGAUAAUGUAAUGGAGAGGAGAAAUACUGAUAGAACUACUUUUCAUUCAAGCUUAUGUGGAAUGGUAUUUUGCAGAUAAUAACAAGUGUCAUUGUUUAAGAUACACAGUUUAUCACUGAGCCAUUAAAUUAACUGAUUAAUAUAGGUAACAAACAUGCUUUGAAAGGUUUUUGAAUUCAGAAGAUUCCAAAUAAUGAAUGGUCAUCUCCGUAUUUCUCAUUUCUUUUCUUCAGAUAUUAUUUCCAAUGAAGGUAGACUAGGAAAAGGAAUUUUAAUUAGAAUUAAAAUUUUAGCUGUUUUAGACUGAAUGUCGGUUCUGUGAAUCUGCUUGUCAGAAAGUUCAGUUAAGUUUCAGGGUUUUUUUUUUAAUAGGAGGAAAAAUAUUGAUUUAGAAUUAUUUUCUUUCAGUUAGGAUUAUGACAGUUAAGUAUCUUUAAGAAGGAUUUUAAAAAUUAUUCUCGUACUUAUAUAUGAUUUUUAAUUGUUUCUGUGUUUUCCAAAUACCAUAUUAAAAUUUUAAUGGAAUUAAUCUGUCCCAUUAAAACUGACUAUAAAAGGAAUUUCUUCGAAGCAAAAUCCUACUUUGCCAUUGAUUUCCAUUUUAAAAGUUAAGAAAGGUUUCCACCUGAAACUCCUCAAAUAGGGUCAGAUUUGGGGCAAUCAAAGUAUUAAGAUUCUGACCAGCGCUUUGUAUGAUGAAUGAUGAAGUAUACUUGCAUGUUAGGAUUUAUUAGGAGUUUUUGACCUCACCAAGUGUUUCUUUUCCACUGCAGAGAACACUGUACUGGCCUAUUACGUAGCCUUGGUGUGUGCCUGGGGUGCCUCCAGUAGGAUACCCAACUUUAUUACUCAAUCCUCUUUAUUAGGGCAUUCAUAAUAUCUAUAUAUAUAUAUUCCAUCCUAAAUAUUUUUAAGAGUUGAGAUCUCAAAUUAUGUGAAAUGUGGUUUUUUUAAACUGUUUGCAUAUAUUGGCCUAUAAAAGGAGAUGAAACGUUUAGGUGAAUAAUUCUCUGCUACAGUAUUUGUACACCUCAGACUACCUCCUAGUAAAAGCUUAACUCAAUAUGAGAAAUACAAAAUUAUUUCUAAUUCUCAACUUAGGUGAUUAAUACUACACUUUUCUCGUAUACAUUUUAUGAUAUAAAGCACUGAAUUUUUAUAAUAAAUAAUUUACUAAUGCA